AUGAUAUAUCUGAACGUCCUUUCGAUGCUUCUGGCAGCUUUGCCCUUUCUGGACACCACCUCGGCUUCCCCGAUAUCUCUUACUCUCGUAGCCCGCGACGUAAAUGACUUCCGCUACGACUCUCUCAAAGACACCCAACAACUCUGGAACGACAACGACGUCGCCACCACGCUCUGGAACGAGAACAUUCAAAGCACCUUGAAGAUCUACGCACCCGGCCGGAACAGCUACGCUUGCCACUACCUAGGCGAUGGCUGCGGUAUGUCAUGCAAUGAGGCAGAUUGUCUCAGGGCUGGCGGAACUGCUUACUUCGUGCUGUGGGCCCUGCAGAAUUAUAGCAACUUCCUCGGACGCAUCUCAGCAGCGGUUGCCAAUGUUUAUGGCGUCUUGACGUCGUACCUACCUGGCAUGCCGGCCGAAUUCACGGGAGAUGCUUCACCGCCGUCGAAAGACAACACGGCCGGCUUCUCGGGUAUCAUCCAAGGCCUCUUCAUCGCAGCCUCCGUCACUUUUCCCGAAACCACCUUCACCGUUGCCGCCAUCGGCCUUGAGAAUGGUCUCCUAUCUGUCCUCGUAACGACCCCAGAGGGAAAAGUCUACUCUGAUUUUGCCCAAGCCUCCUCCGCCCUCGGCGACGCCAUCAUAUCCAUCCAAACUUCCAUCUACACCAUGGCCAACAACACCCUCAUCGCGAUCCCCUCCAACGACCCGGGCUACAAAUACAGCGAAGACCCCAAAAUGCCCGUGCAAUCCCCCAUGAACGGUGAAUUCGCCGCCGAUGUCACGGACAACGUCAACCCCAACCCACCCGAGGUUAUCGCGGCUCUCUCGUAUGUCGCCAUCAACUGGUUGUGGAACAAUGACAAAAUCUUCCUGGCCAAGACCAACGAUACCGUCCACGGCGGCGGCCCGAUCUGGACGGGUUACUCGUUCUGUGAUGGGGAUGGGAAUGCGUACACGCUCCGAAACAAGCUUAUUGAGCAGCCGAUGUCUGCCAUACUUGACGGCGUCGAUGAAGCCCGUAGCGGCACAGGAAGCCUCUGGCUCAGCGCGAUCCAGCAGAUCAACAAACUACGCAUCGCAUGCAACCUGGGGACGUCGAUGUCGUCUUUACAAUUACCAGAAGCAGAAACCUCAUCGCACGCUGAUCCCAUUGUCUCUGAGAUUUUGACUAACUGCUUAGUGACCGGAGACCUACCAUGUGGACAAUGCGGGCAGAUUGUUGAACUAUCUGGAUCAAAUGGCCAUUUGGAUGUACCCCAAUAUCGCUCGAAGGCCUAUUACUCUUCUUGGAAAUGCGUCUUCUGCAAUAAUUGUGCCGAAGCUUUGCGAUUCUGCGCUCCAGAUCCUUGUGCACUUGGAGGCCGUUAA